AACCUCGUCACCUCCACCUCCAUGUCCAUUCAUGAUCUCCGCACGGCGACCACUUCACCAAAUGCCGCCAUUGGCUCCUGUCAUAUGCAAACGAUGAAUGAUCAUUGUCGAUACGCCUCUUGCUCGCCUUGACACAACUGAACCGGACGACUGCGCGCGCCUCAGCCUUCCGUGCCCGCCAUGGCGCCUCCUUCGCCAGCGCCAUCAUCCUCGACACCCGCCGCCAAAAAGACCCGCGCAAAGCAGGCCUGUCGCGUCUGCAACAGCCGGCGCGUGCGCUGCAAUGUCAUGGACGUUCAGCCAUGCGACAAUUGCGUCGCCGGCGGCGUGAAGUGCGAGAUUGUCCCGUCUCGUCGUGGUCGAUACCCCCGUCGUUCCAAACGUCAGCAGCAGGGCUCCGUUUCGGUGACCACCGACGCAUCGCCAACGUCCAUGAGCCCUCGCCCCAGCCUGCGCGCACACCAUCCUAUCCAGCCCGCCGCCGCACCUGUGGCCUCAAACUCCAACCCAGCCCGUCCUGGUGAACCCACCGCGCCCCCGACACCGGGGACGCUGUUCUUCGGCGAGUCCAACUUCAUCACCCUGGUCCCCGGCACAGCGCACAACAGACAUGUCUUUUCCGUGCCCGAGACACCCCAGGAUGCACAGGCCGCCGACAUCAGCCCCGCCACGAUGCGCUAUCUCAAGGAAGGGGGCGCGCUCACGCUGCCUGACCUGCAGACCUGCCUCCCGGCGCUGCAGGCCUACUUUAAGUGGUUCCAUCCUUGUUUUCCGAUCCUGGACCGUGCCGAGAUCACGCAGAAGCUGGCGGCCAUGGCUAUCUCGCGCUUGCUGCUCCAGGCGAUGCUCUUCAUUGGCGCCACGUACUGCGAUGAGGAAACGAUUACGGCCAUGGGGUUCAGUGACCGUACGGAGGCGAAGCGUCUACUCUAUGGGAGAGCGCGGAUCCUCUUCCAUGCGGAUUGGGAGAAGGAUCGGAUGAUACUCAUACAGAGUCUGUUUCUCAUGAGCUUCUGGCGGGGAGACGCAAGGGAUGUGAGAGACGUCCGGUACUGGCUGGGCGUGGUGAUUACGCUGGCGGAGUCACAUGGCCUCCACCGAUCAGAAAAGAUCAUGUCCAAGGAUCCAACCUUGUCCAAAAUGCGGAGACGGAUUUGGUGGUCCAUCUACGUUCGUGAACGACAGGCCGCAGCAUCUCUCGGCCUCCCAAGCCGCAUCCGCGACGAGGACUGCGAUAUCGAAGCGUUGAGUGCGUCAGACCUUGAAUCGGACACUAACCCCACCGUCGCGUCCCUCUUUGGCGUCUGCGAGCCGCAGCAUGUCACCUACGUCGUCAAGAUGGUGGAGAUUGCAAGGCUCUUGGGCCGUGUGAUUGAUGUGCAGUUCGUGCCUGGCCAGAAGACGCACCACGUUGACCACAUACCGGAGCUUGACGCCCGUCUGGAAGAAUGGAGAAGCAGUCUGCCCCCUGAGAUGCAGUACUCGUCGGAUGAUGGAUCAAGCUCCACAUGGACGUGCUUGCUUCACUUUGCCUACAACCACUUGCGCAUCCUCAUCCACCGAACUAACUUUAUGCGCUUCCCCGAAGAUGAUCCUCGGAGUCAGGUCGUCACCAACGCGGCCUGUCGCAUCAGCCGAAUCGCUGAAGACAUGUCUGCCCAGGGUACCCUUCGCUACGGGCAGAUGCAUCUGAUCACCAGUCUCUUUGCCGCCCUGUGUAUCCACGCCCUCGGCAUACGUCGCUCCAAGUCUAUGAACCAGCGCAUCGCUGAGCACCGUGCCCAGCUCUGUCUGCUGUGUCUCAAGGAGGUACAGAAGUACUGGUGUGUCAACAACAACGUCCUCGAUCUUUUUCUACAGUACCUAGAUUCAUCCAUCGCCAAGCGUCUGCAUGGUCACGUGCACGAGACGUCGACGACGGCGCCGCCACCUGAGGCACCCAAGGAGCCAUCGGCAGCAACAUCGCCAGCCGCCGUGGAUGCGGGCGGUUCAUUCGAAGACCAAUACCUAAGCCUUGUCAAUGGUGAAUGGGAGGGCGAUGAUGCGCUGGGAGAUCUGAGUCUGUUCUUGUGUGGCGGGGAGGGCUUCAUGGGAGACGAGGGCCUGGACUUUUUGGGGCGAUCGUUGUAGUCAAUGGCAAUGACAGCAGCAUUUCCCCAUUCGCAGUAGCGUUCAUGAGUCUAAUGCGAUGGAUGGAAUGUCGGACGACGGCUGAUGCGCAUUAGCCGCUGACCAGGGCCAAUGAUUGGGUGGCUGGUUUCUUCAUGUUGUCUGUCGUCUUGAUCCCAAGUGCCACCACUGCUUUCGUCUACCUUGGGGUACGUCGACUUGCUCACGCGGCCACUUGAGCUUUAAACUUCCAAUACCUGCCGCCCGUUCUGCCGUGUUGGGUUACCAGGAUGUCUCGCCAUCCCCAAAGGACAGGAUCACAUCGUGCUCCUUCAUUGGGCUAGAUGGUUCGUUCAGCCAGUCAACGCU